CUGCAUAUUUCAGUGCCAGAAUGGGCGUUCGUGUUUCUUGGUAUCAUCGCCAUUAUCGUGGUUCUUCUCAUAGCAUACCUGAUCAUCAGAAAACUUUUCGGAAAGAAGCGACAUGGUGAAAAGAACAAGAGUAAAGGUUUCAAAGGGCUGUUCAGCAAGGGAGGCGACCUGAUGGCCGGAAAGGACGUAAUGGGUGGGAUUCAACAAGAUAUGGAAGAAUUAGAAGAGAACAUGGAACAAAACGAGAAAGCACAGGCUGAAGAAAAAGAAGAGGUGAAACUCGGACGAAUACAGUACAAACUCGACUACGAUUUCCAACAAGGACAGCUCUCUGUUACCGUAAUUCAAGCAGAAGACCUACCCGGAAUGGACAUGAGCGGAACAUCCGAUCCAUACGUAAAACUCUAUCUGUUACCCGAAAAGAAGAAGAAAGUCGAAACAAAAGUACAUCGAAAGACCCUCAACCCGGUGUUCAACGAGACGUUUAUUUUCAAAGUUGCCUUUAACGAGAUUACCGCAAAAACGUUGGUGUUUGCCGUCUACGAUUUCGAUCGGUUUAGCAAGCAUGAUCAAAUCGGACAGGUACGCUGCUUUUUCAAAUUCCCUUACCGUUUCUCUUUCGAGUUUACUGAUUGUGAGCGGGGGGGGGGCUCACAGAUGACGCUAAUCAUUACAAUCGAAACCGUAAAAAAUCAACCGGCCUGA